GAUUCGAUAACAAAGUCGGCACAUAAAAUUUAUCUCAUAUACAUAUGACCAGAACGAUAUCAGCAUGGUUCAAGCAGUUCACCACCACAGGCCGACUCUCAAGCAGCAAAAUAAACCCUUCAAGUCAAAACAUGCGACGAAGUCCGCGCUGAAAGACAUUGCCAAGGGGCGUACUCAGCGUCCUUCUCCAAAAUCUACCGCAGUCAACACCGCUGCGCAACUCCGAUUUAACAGGCGAAACACUCAGAAACAGAUACAGGCUGCCAAGCGUGCUGCCCUCGUAGCCGCCACUCGUAUCUUCAACGGUACGGACGGAGCGCCGAGAAUUGUCGCAGUGAUACCACUAUGUGAGGGAAUUCAUACAGAGGACGCUAUCCGCGCUCUUUCUUCUGUAGUAGGAGAAGAACUGGAAGGUGUACAAGGCAAUUGUAUAGUGUGGAGGAUGAAGGCGCAUCGUUUCAAAACGUCGCUUAUGUUUCUUCCUGUUCAGUAUGGAAACUACUGGGGUGCCCUCGACGCCGCGAAAGCCGCAGAUUAUGUUUUCUUUUUGUUCAGUCCGACCGUGGAGGUUGAUCGGAAGGGUGACACGCUCCUUCGCACGCUACAGGCCCAAGGUUUACCAACUGUUAUAUCUGUCAUUCCUCCUGACUCACAAGCCCACUCCAUCGAUCAAAAGUCUCGCUCGGCCAUCCUCAAGUCACUUCUGUCCUUUAUCCAAUAUUUUGAGCCUUCUCAGACCCGAGUCUACGAUUUGUCUAACUCAUCAGACUCUUUGAUUGCUUUGCGUUCUCUGGCGGAAGGCCAUCCUCGAGAAGUAAAAUGGAGAGCGGGACGACCUUGGGUCGUUGGUGAGGAAGUAAAUUGGGAGGAUGGGAUUCUCAAAGUUACAGGCAUCGUUCGGGGCGCACGCCUUAGCGCAAAUCGGUUGGUUCAUGUCCCAAAUUUUGGGGACUAUGCAGUAUCCAAGAUAAUGUCUGCUCCUUUGCCUCGCGAUAAUUCCCAUAAACGGAUAUCAAUGGACAUCGAACCCCAGGUUCUGUCGGAACGAGUUCCCUCGUCUGCAGACAGUUUGUUAUCGACUAAUGUUCCAGAUGAUAUGGCCAAUGAACAAACUUGGCCGACUGAAGAAGAGAUGGACAACGUAAAAACGCAAGAGCAUCACGUACCCGAGAACAUACCGGACGCUGGCACAGGUAUCACCCCAAAGCGAAUCAAACACAUACCGAAAGGAAUGAGCGAGUACCAAGCGUCAUGGAUCGUCGAUGAUAGCGACGACGACAGAGAGUCUGAGGAGGGCUUGCACGAUGAUGCAAGUGAUCAAAGGAGCAGUGCUGAAGAGCAAGACCAUGAUAUGAUACCACUAGAUUCGGUGACGGACAUUGAAACUGACCGGAAGAGCGUUGUCGCAUUCCACGAUCUUGAUGCGGAAGAGGAGGAAAGACAAUUGAAGGAGUGGCGGAACCGUGUGCAGGAGGAACGUGACGCGCAACAAUUCCCUGACGAACUUGACACUCCUCAAGAUACCCCUGCCCUCACACGAUUUGCUCGCUACCGCGGGAUGCGCUCUUUCCGUACUAGUCCAUGGGAUCCUUAUGAGAACCUUCCUAGGGAUUACGCGCGGAUUUUCGAAUUCGAUGAUUUUAAGCGCACGCAACGAGACGUCCAGAAGGCUGCUGAGUCAGAAGGGGUUGAGCCAGGAACGAGAGUCACUGUCUAUGUUGAAGGUGUCCCUGAAGAGGCCAGCGUCACCCGCGGCCUUCCUCUCGUUAUCCAUGGACUACUUGAACACGAGCAUAAGAAAACAGUUCUCCACUUUACUGUGCAGCGCAACACUGAGUAUGAAGGUUCCGUCAGAUCAAAGGACCCACUCACUCUUUGUUACGGACCGCGCCGUUUGCGCGUAAAUCCGGUGUACAGCCAGCACACGCGUGGGGGCGGAAAAGGCGUGAAUAACGUCCACAAGUUUGAACGGUUUCUCUGGCAUGGGACCACCAUGGUUGCCAGUGUCUACGCGCCUGUCGUUUUCGGUAGACAGGCGUGUACACUGCUGCGGGAGACCAAAGGCGUCGAAGUGCCGGAACUUGUCGCAAUGGGCUCCUUCAUGAACCCUGACACGACAAGGAUUAUAGCCAAGAGAAUUGUCUUGACGGGACAUCCCUUCAAGAUACACAGAAAAUCGGCGACCGUGCGAUACAUGUUCUUCAACCCUGAUGACAUACAGUAUUUCAAGCCCGUCCAGUUACAUACGAAGCAUGGGCGAAGUGGGCACAUUCGAGAGUCAUUAGGGACCCACGGGUACUUCAAGGCACACUUCGAUGGACCGAUCAGUCAGAUGGAUACGGUGUGCAUGUCGUUGUAUAAACGCGUGUACCCUCGCUGGAGCGAACCAUGGAGACCGGAGUCCCGUGAACCGUUGGAUGGUCCUCCCAGCAAGGAUGAAGAUAUUUUAAUGAGCUGAAGAGAGGCUCAGCCCUGUUCACGUGUAUGCAGAAUGCAUUCUACCGUACUCUAAGCUCGGCACAACCUUCCAUCUAACGCGUACAUACGAUGUCUGUACAAUUACACCCAUGCGAUUCUCGAGUUGAAUCACGAUCCCGUCUCUGACAAUUUACUUAAAAUGGAGAAGAGCACAGUCUUCGUGCAGAUUGAUAGACUACGUAGGGACUCGAUGCUCAUCGAC